AUGCGAUGUUCGUCGGUGUCAGCUAGCCUUCUCUUCAUUUAUUUUUCAGUUCCCAAUGUAUUUACUUAUACCUCACAUAUCGAAGAUCCAUCUAGAGUUGAGCUUGAUAUGUUUGACUGGACUGCUGGUGUACGGGUAGCUUACUGCGUUGAUUCGCCUCUCCCAGAUCUCAUUUCUCCUUUUCGCCGGACAAUGGCUAAAGUGGUGACAAAGUAUUGCCAGAAUGCAACAGCUUGCAAUCUCAGAAGCUCAUUGAUUUUUGGUCCUGAACAAAUUGUGAUACUCGAAGGAUUUCCACGAAGGGAAUCGUUGACAAUACAGAUCAAAUUUUUUGUGCUUUUACCUCAUUCCUCAAGUCCACAUUUACGGCAACAAAGGCCAUUCCUUCCUAGACAAGUUUUAUCAGAUAUUCUACAAAAGUAUCAUCAAGAAAUUGCAAAUCGAUUAGGUUGGCAUAUCAUCGCAUACGAAAGAUAUCCUCGUUUUGAUAGUAUGACAGAGUUUAUGAAUGUUGCAAUCAUCCCAAUUGUUAUUGUUUCCCUACCUCUUAUGGUUUUUCUGGCUUAUUGGGUUUCAACGUUAAGGCCUAAUUCCGGAUCUGACACAUGGAUGGUAACCGGAUCAGCAGGGGGAAAGAAUGCCGCUCUUCGAAGAACAAUGGAGAUCAUAGCAGAACAAAAUGAAGAAUACGAACGUCAAGAAAGAUAUGCAUUGACAAAACAUGUUGUGGCAACCACUGGUCACGAAGGUAUAACAACUACCGGAGAGUUGUUAUUGAACGUGGCGAGGUUAUCAAUGGCCUCAUCACAGGCCCCAUCGUCCGCUCAAUCUCCUCAAAUUUUCAUUCAACCUGGAAGUUCCAGUUCAUCAUCGGCGCCUCGUACCUCAAUAGUAUCAUUACACGGAAAAGAAUUGCUGCACGUAAAGCCCAGACAUUCGCGUCGCCCGUCUUCAGUGGAGGAAAUCAAAAAAGCAAGACGCAUGCGCGGUCAUCGAAAGUCGGAAUCGAAACAAUGGAAGUCGGGCAGUUUGAUGUUAGCUGGAUUCCGAAGGACAUAA